AUGGCGACUGAACUGGGCUCUUUUGGUAUCCGUGUUGGAGACUACUGCAGGAUUCGGUGGAUUGUUGCUCGUGAAACCUUUAAACGCUUCCCCAGCACAACCCAGCCCUCCAAGCGUCACUUCUCUGCCUUUGACGGCUUCUCUGGAUCCGCAGGCACCUCCCGGACACGGCAGCUGAAUACAGAUUCAGGAAGUGAGGCGUCAUCUCACUUAAACUUGGCUGUUGGGCCCCUGCUCCAUUCAAUGAAGAGUCGCCACAGUGAAAACAAGAAGCAGAACAAAACAGUGGUUAACUUCACAUCAUCCAAGACGAAAGAAGAAUCAAGAAUUGUCAGCACGACUGACACCUGGUACAGUAGCGCGGACUCUGUACGAAGUGCGGCCCUGGUGAUCCUGUGUUCUGAACACUCUCUUCUGAACAUCUUAGGACAUUACUUUAGAGAGCCGUCUACCGACACGUUAUGGGACAUGGGAAGACAGGGCCUGAAAGUGGGUGGCAUCGCUCCGUGGGCUUGGGUUCUGGACUAUGAUAAAGAGGAGAGGGUUCUGGACUAUGAUAAAGAGGAGAAAGUCCUCAGCACAGCACAGACAAGAGGUUGUCAUCCACAGAGGAGCCUUGAGACCUAUUUCUAUAACAGACACCAUCUCAUGGGGGAGAUGUAUCAGUGGAUGAGCCAGGUCAGCGAGAAGUAUGCGGAUGUGUUGACACAGCAUUUCCUGGGAAUGACCUGUGAGACCCCGCCCAUGUACUAUCUGAAGAUCAGCCAACCAUCCAACAUUCCCAAGAUCAUUUGGAUGGACUGUGGAAUUCCUGCCAGGAAAUGGAUUGUCCCUGCUUUUUGCCAAUGGUUCGUGAAAGAGGCAAAAUAUAAAGACAGUGCAAGGAUCAGCAGGCUCCUUAAGGAACUAGACUUCUAUGUGCUACCAUAAGUCAUCGCAGUCCUGAACACUGACAGUUAUAUCUACACGUGGAGUCUGGAUUGCCUCUGGAGGAGGUCCAGCUUAUCCCAUCAUAACAGCACAUGCUCUGGAACAGCUCUCCACCAGAAUUUCAAUGUCUCCUGGUGUAGCAAUGCUUCCACAAACAGCCAAGAUCUAACAUUCUGAGGGAUAGAACCAACAUCUGAACCGGAGACUAAAGUGGUCUCAAGCCUUAUAGAAAAAAGAAAGAGAGAUGCCCCAUGCUUCCUGACCGUGUAUUCUUAUGGGCAGCUCAUGCUCAUACCAUUUGGCUUCACCAAAAAUAAACCAAGUAACUACAAAGAAUUAAUUCAAGUUGGACAGAAGGCGGCAAAUGCAUUGAAAGCAAAGCAUGGAACCAAUUAUAGAGUUGGAUCAAGUGCAGAUAUUUUAUAUGCUAUGUCAGGAUCCUCAAAAGACUGGUCUAGACACAUUGGGAUUCCCUUAUCCCACACAUUUGAGCUAAGGGACAAUGGUACCUAUGGGUUUGUACUGCCUGAAGCUCUGAUCUAGCCCACCUAUGAGGAGACCUUGGAAGCCAUGCCCUCACUCCCUGCUGAGAAUUACUGGCCCACCAACAGUGCUAGGAAGUGGUGCGUGCACCUGUACACCAGUGAGAAAAUUCUGCUGAUCUCCGUGGCGCUUGCUGAUACCCCUGAGCAGAGUGGCAAGCAGAUGGUUGACCAGGCUCAGGCUGAACUAGAAUGA